AUGGAGCACUUCGCACCGCACCCGAAAUCUCGCUUUGAAGGCUUCUAUUCCAAGUUCGAUCUACCUUCAGGCUCUCACAUUGCGCUCGUCAUCUGCACUGUACCCAAAGCUACCAAGCUCCCUCCACACAUGGUCUCUUUCACAUACUAUCCUUCGUCUGGCUCGCCAAUUUUCCAACGCGAACAUUGGGUCUCGAACAUUGAUCGAGUCAUCACCGGCCCAAGCAACGCAUUCGAGCUCAAGACCGAUUUCGGCAGCAUGCGUGUCGCCCCCAACGGCGACACGACCUACAACCUACAAGCCCCUGAAUGGGGUCUCAAAGCAACGACAACCUCCCGAACAGCCUGGUUCCCCGAGCAAAACAAGCACACUCCCGAAGGCUGGCUCGUGCACCUCCCUCUACCCCUCCACUGGCACGUCCACAGUCUUUCCUCCCGUGCAGAUUUUCAGCUUUCGAUACCUUCCCAAGGGAUAAAUCAGAAAGGCACCGCAGCCGUCCACCAAGAGAAAAACUGGGCAAACAGCUUCCCCUCAGCGCAUGUGUGGGUGCAAUCCAGGGACCCCCUUUCCGCCCGGGGCAUCUGUCUCGCAGGCGGCAAAAUCCUCGGCAUGCAUGCCUUCCUCUUAGGCUACCGUUCUCCAUCACUGAGCUUAGACUUCCUGCCUCCAUUUGCGCUCGCCAUACCCAUAUCCUUUAUGUCGUGGAUGAUAUCGCCCUUCAUGACCCACACCGUCGAUUACGCGUCCCGGCUCUUCACCCUUACGGUAUCCAAUCUCUUCUACAAGAUUGAGAUUAGAGCGCAGGCGCCGAGGGAGGGUGGCUGGUUUGGUCUGGGAAGUCCGUUCCCAGAGGGUCAUAGGAAGAACUUUUGCUCCGAGAGCUUUUUGGCGAAUGUUGAUGUUAUGGUGUGGCAGAGGAGCGUGUGGAAUUGGGCGUGGAAGGAGGCCACAAGCACGUUCAUGUUCACAAGCAAGGAAUUUCGAAAGUAUGGUGGUGUUUAG